UUGUGUGUUGUGCUGGAUGGUAAGUUUGAAUCCUUCCUACAAGGCAUUGACAAGUCCAGCCCUAGUGCACUGCAGGCAUCAAUGCUCGAGUGGACCACCGCUAACUGUGAGGCGUCGAAACUGGAGAGCGCGACGAAUCAUGCCCUUAAGGCGACGGUGGACCGCUUAUAUCCCGGCGCUUCUAGCAGUGGCCAAGGUGUGUAUGUGAUUUAG